AUGGAAGCAGUAAAUCCUGAGUAUGCUGCCAUAUAUGAAAAGGCUGACAAAUUUAUACCCUAUAUCAAAGAAAUUUAUGAAGGGAAGAGCCAAAAUAAUCAGGAGGCAAAUCUCUUAUCAGGACUCAUAGAGCUUUUAAAACAACUACCAGAAGGUUUUCAUCUAUUUUGUGACCCUCGAAUUGGUCAAAUUUCAAUAUUUUCAUUAACUUUACUAUCAUUUCCUGACGAAGCCGCAAGAAAAUGGUUAUUUGACACAUAUAAUCCAAUUCUAUCCAAGUGUGAGAAAUGUAUAUUAGCAUUUACACGAGGGACUUGUAAUAUGUUACAACAUUUUGCAACGAAAAGAGAUCUUCCUCAUGAUCGUGUAUAUAAAUUUAAUGAUCUAGUGACGGAAUGGCGAGCUGCUACUUGUUCACCUAUAUUAAGAAACAUAUCGAUCAGUGAAGAUAGAAAAUCUAUUCAUGUCACACCUCAAGUACGUUGUGCAAUGUUUGAAGGUCUCUGUAAUCCACAUAUGAUUAGAAACAAUCCAGAUUUUAAAGAAAUAUUCGCUGUUAUAUUCAAGUACCUAUAUGAUACAAAAUAUGAGUUGCUUGACAUUCGAUCACCCAAAUCGUUACAAACGUUCCUUGCUGGGACUAUUUAUUGUUGGUAUAACGGUACAAGAGAACAAGAAAGUUGGGCAAAAGAAUUCUUAACAAAAUUACAUGAGGAAAAUUUUAUUAUAACCAAAAAGACAAUGACGCCAGAUAUACUUGAAGAAUUAUUUUUUUAUAUUCUUCAUCUAGAAGAUCCGUCGAAUUGGACCAACGAAAAUAUAGCUAAAUUCUGGAUGAAAUUUGUUCCAAUAAUAGCCCUGUUAGACAGUGAUACGUUCAAAGAAUAUUUAAUAGUUCCAAAGGAUAUCAAAUCCUUAACUGCAACAUACAGGUUCCCUAUAGAAUCUAUCUUUAUGUUGUGGUACAAACAUUUCUCAAUAAAUAUAGGGAAUAAACCUCUGGAGUUCUUAUUAAGAGCCUUAUGCAUUUUAUUGGAUAAGAUGAAUAGUGAAUUUUGGAAAAUUAUUCAUCCUUACACUUUCCACAAUAUAAUCGAACUAAUUUUUAGCAAUAAUUUAUUUGUCACCAGACUAACGGUCGUUCAAAAUGUUAGAAUCCCAGAUAAUGAUAUCGAGACAUAUGUUUCAAAUAAGGGUUCCAUGACAGAUUUAUUAUCAUGGAAUCUUCCAUUUUACCAUUCUCUAUCCGAAUCCACUAGAAUUCAGAUGGUGAAGAAAGUUUCUGUGGCAUUUUUAAGAACCAUUGCAACAUACCAUGAUCUAAACUCAACUGCCAAGUUGUUUUUAAUGAGCUCAUCUGCUGCUCUAUUAAAUGAUAUACUAUCUAUUAAAGAUGAAGAAAGAUCAAAGCUUUACGUCAGGGACGACUUCCAAACAAUUCUUUUUACGAAGAGUGACUCAAGAUCUUUAUUAAAUAAUCCUUUAAUUCAAGAUAUUGCAAUAAAAUCUGCAACAAAUGCGGCACAAACUUAUCCUGGUAUCGGGUCGGCUGUGUAUUCUGUCGCCCAAUCUGUGAUGGCUGUUUUAUCCAAAUGUAUUGAUUUGGAUAUUCUUCUCCUAUGUCAAAGGACUUACAGAUUAUAUUCAGGAAAAAGUAUUAGCGAGUUACCGUUGCCUUUAACCCUACUAGAAAACUUGAACAACAAGGUCAAGUUAGACUCAUUCGAGGAUGGCCCACUGUUGGCAAAAUAUCUAUUAAUUUCCAUGCGUAACAUUAACGGGUUAUUAAUUGUCCCUGGUCAAUCAACAGUUAUCCAAAGACAUAAUGAAAGUGUAAAACAAUAUCUAGAUCUAUCAACCAAUUUGAUUAGUAAAUUUACGGAUGUUCUCCCCAAUAAACUUUCAGAAAUUUUAGCAGAUAAGAAUGCUUCACAAGGUUUCUGGUCUUGUAUAUUUUCAUCCGAUGCCAACUUGUAUCAGGUAACCACCAAUAUCCUUUAUGAUACAUUUGAUGUGGAGGGAAGAUUGGAAGGUGUACAAAUACUUUUAAACACCAGUUUAUCAUAUCAAUUAAAAUCCAUUAAUAAUGUAUUAAGACAACUUAUUAAAUGUGAAUUCUACGAACCUUGUCCUAGAGCUAUCCGUGUUUUAAUGGAUAUUUUAAGUGCAUUUUCAGAUCCUGUCGGUGGUAUUAUUUCAAAUUAUGAUAGUUUGAAAGAUGAAAACACAGACAAGGAAAUCGUUGCAUUUUGGCAACUUUCAUGGUCGUUUUUAGACACGAUAUAUAAGUGUACCUUACAAUGGGCUUCAAAAUACGACUACUCUGAGUUAGAAAACUUUACCAAAGAUACAUUAGAAUUGAGUCGUUCGUUCGUUAUUUCCUUUAGAGAAUUUUCAGAUAUCAUAUCCAGUUCAGGUGUAGACUUGUUUGAUAGUGUCCUGAAGGCAUUUAAAAAUAUGCUGUACUGGUUAAGACUAAGUGAUGAUGAAUUACUAGAAUCUUGUGUUAGAUUAAUAAUAAGUGCCACUGAUCUUGCUUUUGAACGUAAAAUGAAAUUUGAUGACGAUAUCGUAACAUCGUUGACUCAAUAUGCAGUUAAAGCUAAGAAACACUCUAAUAAAUUAACGGAAACACAGACAUCUGAGAUACUAACAAAAGCGAAAUUGUUCAAUUCCCGAUUAGUAAAUUCUAUUGUCGACUCAGUUGAAGAAAGUCGCAAAGGAAAGGAAACCCUUAAACAUUCGACAGUUAGACUGCCAAGUCUAAACGAAUCAAGGGUGGAUUUUUUGCAAAGAAAAGCUACAUCUUCUUCGAUUCUUGGUAGACCAAAAUCUACCCAACCUAAGAUUACGAAUUUUGGUGUCUUCAAACCUGGCGCCGAUAUGACUUUGCAAACGAAAAAAGCUAAUAAACCUCUUUCAAAGAUGGAAUUAGCAAGAAAACAACUAAUGAGCAAUCGUGUUAUACACCCACCAAGUACUUCAGUUUUUCACACCAAAUCAAAACCUAAAAUCAAAAAUGAUGACUCAAGUGAUAGUGACAGUGAUGUAGAAGGUGAUCUUGAAACAGCACGCGAGUUAUUUGCAUCAACAAAGGCGAAAAGUCACACAAUUGAGACAGUGGGGAUAGAUGGGAAAAAUAUCAAACGUAAUACAAAAGCAGAAAUUGCUAGAAUGGAAGAAGAAAAUAUGAGAAGAAGAUUAAAUGUAGACUUGAAUGCGCUAUAUGAGACUGUAUUAAGAUGGGAUUAUACAAGAAAGAAUGAAUAUCCAAACGACGAAACUUCACAAUACACGGAUAUAAAGAAUAAAUUCACCUCAGCUUCGGAAUACAGAAAAAUAGUCAAACCUUUGUUAUUAUUAGAAUGCUGGCAAGGAUUAUGUGCUGCAAGGGAUAGGGUUGAUAAUAUCCCAUUUAGUGUUAUAUGUGGUAACCGGAGAGUUGUGUCAGACUUUUAUGAUAUUUUCACAUCAAUGCCAAAGUCUUUUGUAGAAAACAGUAAAAUUAAUGAAUCAGAUCUAAUCGCAAUGGCCUAUCUCCCAAACUUACUUCCAGGUCAAAGGCCCUCCAACGAUGACUUUCGGGAGGCUGAAAAUACUUGUCUUGCUAAAAUUCGUUCUAUUAACUAUGCCAAGAACAAUACAGUCGAAUUGACAUUGCGGAUCCACAGAAAUCAAUCCUUCUCAAAAUUUAUUUCCCUAAGAUCAGAAAUACAUGCCAUAAAGGUUAUGCAAAUGACAACUGUAGAGAGGGAAUACCAAACAAUCGAAGCUUUAGAAUAUUAUGACUUGGUUGACCAAAUUUUAACAGCACAACCGUCUCCUCCUGCCCAAGUCUCUCCAAAUGAGGUUGAGAGUGUUAAACGUUGCUACAAACUAAAUACAUCCCAGGCUCAAGCUAUCGUUAAUACUGUUCUGAAUGAAGGUUUUUCUUUAAUUCAAGGACCACCUGGUACAGGUAAAACCAAAACAAUAUUAGGAAUUGUUGGGUAUAUCCUUUCCCUGAGAAACGCCUUACCAUCGAAUGUCAUCUCGGUUCCUACUGGACAAGCAAAAAGUCCUAUCGACCAACUACUGAAAAAACAAAAAGUUUUAAUCUGUGCUCCAAGUAAUGCAGCUGUAGAUGAAAUCUGUAUUCGUUUAAAAGAUGGAGUUUACGAUCGGAAUGGCAAUUUAAUAAAACCACGAGUUGUUCGUGUCGGUAGAUCUGAUGUAGUCAAUGUUGCAAUCAAGGAGCUCACUUUAGAGGAAUUGGUGGAUAGGAGGGUAUCUGCCAAGAACCAGGAAUAUCUGCAGAAUCCUGAAUUGGACGAAAAAUUCCGUACUACAGUUUUGAAAAGAAGAGAACUGAUGGCUAAAUUAGAUUCCGAAAAUGGUAAACCCCAUAGUAAGCUAUCAUCGGAAGAGAUCAGAAAGCUACAAACAGAAACUAGAGAAUUAAGUAAGACUCUUAACAUUCUUGGUAAGGAAAAAGAUGAAUUGAGAGAACAAAGAUCGUUAAAUUUUAGAAAACGUAACAUUGAUAGGAGGAACGCACAAGCUCAAGUUCUUUCUGAGAGUGAUAUCAUUUGCUCAACCCUGUCUGGUUCAGCCCAUGAUGUUUUAUCAACCUUAGGUAUAAAAUUUGACACGGUAAUUAUCGAUGAAGCCUGUCAGUGUACAGAAUUAUCUUCAAUAAUUCCAUUAAGGUACGGUGGAAAGAGAUGUAUUAUGGUUGGUGAUCCCAAUCAACUACCCCCAACUGUUUUAUCUGGUGCUGCUAGCAAUUUCAAAUACAACCAAUCCCUUUUUGUGCGUAUGGAAAAAAACACUACUCCAUAUUUGUUAAAUGUUCAAUAUCGUAUGCAUCCGGAUAUUAGUAGAUUCCCUUCGCUCGAAUUUUAUAACGGCCGUUUGUUGGAUGGACCAGAUAUGGCAGUGAUCAACAAAAGACCAUGGCAUACCUCCUCUCCAUUACAGCCUUAUAAAUUUUUUGAUAUUACAACCGGUCAACAACAACAAAAUAAAAAAACAAUGUCUUAUGUGAAUACCGAAGAGAUUAAUGUAGCGGUUGAGCUAAUAAAUUUCCUAUUUACAAAAUUUGACAAAAAUGUAGACUUCACAGGUAAAAUUGGUGUCAUAUCUCCAUACAAAGAGCAGAUGCAACGUAUGCGUAGAAAAUUCACGUCAUAUUUUGGUUCGUUUAUAAAUAAAUACAUUGACUUCAACACAAUCGAUGGUUUCCAGGGUCAAGAAAAAGAAAUUAUCAUCAUAUCGUGUGUUCGUGCUGACGACACAAAAUCAUCUGUGGGUUUCCUGAAAGAUUUUCGCCGUAUGAAUGUUGCAUUUACAAGAGCUAAGACCAGUCUAUGGAUCCUUGGCCACAGAAAUUCUUUAUACCAAAAUAAAUUGUGGAGGAAUUUGAUAGAUGAUGCAGAAUCUAGACAUUGCAUUCAAAGAGCUCAUGCUGGUUUCCUAUCAGACAAAGAACUAAAAGAAAGGACCAAUUCAGUCACAAGUACAAAUGAUGAUUCUUACAAUCCAUUAGAUAUCACUGCCAGAGCUGCAAGAAAACGACCUGCUACAGAUGAAUCCCCAUCUACUCAACCACAACAGAAAAAGACAAAAGAUACUUCAUUAAAAGAGGGCAACUUUUUAGAAAAUGAAGAAAAGAGAAGAAAACGUGAAGAAAGGCAAAGAAAGAAAGAAAAGAAAGAAAAGAAGAAAGAACGAAAAGAGAAGAAAGACGAGAGAAAAAAGAAAGAUGAUACGGACAAAACUGUCGUCAAUGACAGCAAAAAUGGAAGUUCUUCAGGUACUAAAAAAAAAUCUUCGAUCUUUGGACCCACACAAUCAUCCACAUCCACAACAACUCCUAACAGUCAUGUAUACAUUAAUGAUGAGAAAAUUAAAAAACAGAGAAAAUUAACUAAUUUAAAAGAUAAUAGACACCUCGCUUUCCAAGAUGACGUAGUCGCUAUUCCUCAGUCAACAUGGGAAAGUUUACCUCCAUCGAAAUCGAACCCGCGACCUUUGAAAUCUUCAAUGAAAGGAAGAAAAUCGAAAGAAUCGAAGAGUCGAGAGAGCUCUAGUACUAAGGACAAGAUAAAUUCCGUUUCCCAAAAUAACCACGUUGUCAGUAAGAAAGUUAGUGGAACCGAUAUGUUAGACAAGGAAGCUGAAGUUUUAAAAGUGUCAAGCAACGAUGGCAUCGAUAAAGUAGAGGUAAAAAAAACAGAGGUACAAACCCCAGAUGACAACUAUGAUCCUACAACGUCGCUGGAAAACAGGUACCAGAAGGAAGACCAUAGUAAACAACCAAUACCAGUCAAUCUCGAAACUAAAACUGGGGGAAAUUCUAGUGAUACAUUGUUAAAACCUGCACCAGGGAAACAAGUUAUGCUUACUUCAUCUCAGUCAUCGUUCCCUGACCAAUCGAAUCUAAUUAAUAGCACAAAAUCGCUGCCACGAGUAAUUGACAGAAUUCAACCUCUUCCAACAGCACCUACUAGAGAAUAUAGUGCAAACAAUACUAUAUCCCAAAGCGGAUCAAACAACUUGCUUGAUAGAAUUUCUCCAGUUAGUCGUUAUGAUGGUUCGACAACCGAUUCAAGAUAUAACAAUCGCCCACCUUCUGGACUAGGACAUCCUUACGCGCCUGGGGAAUAUGGUACUCAUCUUAUCACCCAAAAUGAACAACCUUCUCCAUUACAUGGCUAUAAUAAUGUUUCUAAUGGUAACUUUGGUAACUACCCUGAUGCACGUUAUAAUAAUUAUCCAAACGCAAGAUAUGGUAAUAAUCAAAACUUUGAAAAUAACCAUUCUGUAGAUAAUAAUUACCCCAAUGGAAUAAACUCAAGCUACGAUAGUAACCAAACUUCGCAAUAUGAUAACAAGGUAAACUCAAAGUACGAUACCCAUUCACUCCUAGGGAACAGUAAUGCUCCAAAUACAAGAUACGAAAGUAAUCCAAACGAGAAUUAUCAAAAGGAUCCAUACUACCCUGAAACUAAUGAAAAAUAUCACCAGCCUUCCCAAACCAAAGUUGCUACUGAAGGACAAGAGUCAAGAACUCCCUCAAAUGGUCCACCGAAAUACAACAGAAGAGGUCCGUCGCCUUCACCAUUUAUACCAAGAAAGAAGAGAUUAUUUAAAUAG